UAUAAGAGCAGUUUUGCGCUCAGUAUCAAAGUCUUACAAAAUAAAAAGCGAAAGAGUUUUAACAUCAAAGUCAUUCUGAUAUACGAUUUUUAACAUCGAGAAGAAUUAAGCGUUAUUUAAUACGGUUAUUGAGAAGAAAAUCGCGCUUGUUUAACAUGGCCGAUAAAAAGCACGUGUUACAUCUGCCCAAGGAUUACUUAAAUACAGUUGAGAUUGCUGAGGAAUUUUUUUCUCCGAUAUGCGAGUUCUCUGCAAUAAAAGAAUAUCUAUCUUCGCCGACUGAGUAUUUCUCACCUUACGCGACGCCGCAAACUUCGAGGAAAGAGAUUCUGGACAAGAAGCUUAACAGUAAUAUGUUUAAAGUAGCUAAAAAGAUAUCUGAAAAAAACGAGAACCAACUCUCACUGAACGAUUCAUCCAAUCGGACGGAAAUGGAUUUCACACGAUCGAAAUAUCAUAAUAACGUGGAUCCCGCGAUCGAAGAGCUCACGAUAAAGCGGAUGAUGCCGAAUUCAUCGACGCCUAAAAAUUCGCGGGCAUCGAUAAAACGCGUUUUUUCGCCAAACUAUUGUUCCGCUGGCAAAGCUAAUGAAGAUCCCGCAAUGAAUCUGACUAGAAAACGUUUGGAUGCGAGCUUUUCAAGUCCGAAGGCGCUCGCUAGCCGAGAACAAAGCGUGAACAGUUCCACGUGGAAGGUAAGGCUGACAAAAGAGAUUGAACCGUUGCCUCAGAUGGUGCAGGCACUUUCGAGAUCUCAAAAAUUCACGGAUCCGUUUUUGGAUGACGAGAAAGCCAUAGCCUCCUCGCUUUACAAGGAUGUUAUCUACGUAUCCGAGAUGCACUUUUUGUUGAUGGCAUCUAACAGGAAUCGCCGGAUGAGAAUGACAGCUUUGCGCAGGAGAGCACGAAUUGAUUCGCGAGACAGCGCUUUUAGCGAGUUUAUGGAAUCCGAUUCAGAAUAAUUGAAGGGUCAAGCUUAUCAUCAAUGAGAAUCGUGAAAUAGCGAUCAGCAAUAUUCGAACUUUAUCUUUUAAUUUUAUUUUUUUUUUUUAAAUUAAAUUACGCAUUAUACUAAGCGAUGUAAUAAUAAAUAAUAAAUAACUUAUCAUGUUUAAUUAAUCAGAUUGUUCGAUAUUAAAGUGUUGUAUAUUGACAAGUAGUUAUUUCAUCGAAAAUAAUAUUAUUUAAUUACAUUGAUUGAUCUUGUGAUAACGGAAGAUUUCCAGGUUAAUGAUUAUGAUUAAUGGUUAUGAAAUUGCA